AUGUCCGCAAGGCAAGGUCAAGAAAAAAAACCAGAGAUGCAAGAUUCUCGACCAGUUCCAGCAUUUCGAUGCGACCAAAUCGAGGCUGGGAAGCUCGCAAAGGAGUGGAAGACGUGGAAGGAGGGGCUCGAAUGUUAUUUCGCUGCCUAUGACGUCACCGACCAGUUUCAGAAGAGAGCAAAACUCCUGCACCUGGGUGGUCCGGCCCUGCAAGUCGUGUUCAAGAAUCUGAAGGAUUACAAUCAUGUGCCGCUGGUAACAUUGGAGCCUAGAUGGUAUGAUUGUGCUAUCGAGAAGCUUGAUGAGUUUUUCGAACCUCGACACCAGAGUACAUCGGAAAGACGGAAACUUCGACUGAUGAAACAAAAGGUAGGAGAACGCUUCGCUGAUUUUGUGAUAAGGCUGAAACAACAGGUUUCCCAGUGCGGAUUCGAAAAGUAUGGUACUGAAGUUAGUUCCAUUUUGAGCGAUAUUUAUCUGACUGACGCAGUAGUUGAAGGGUGUACUUCGAAUGAGGUGCGCAGAAGAGUCCUCCUUAAAGAUUUAUCCUUUUCGGAGAUUGAAGCUUUAGGGACCACUCAGGAAGUUGUAGAUCAGCAGAUAGAAGAGAUAGCAGUAAGCCAGCAACCCGAAAAAGUAUUUAAAAUUGAGCAUCAGGGUAAUUCCAAGGGCAAACCUGUCACAGGUAUGGCCAAACCAGCUGAGAAGACUUGUUAUAACUGCGGGAGGUUGGGACACUUCGCUGCCUCACCUAGAUGUCUUGCACGUGGGAAGCAAUGCCGUAAUUGUAAGAUUUACGGGCAUUACGAAAGCAUGUGCCGAAGACCGAAGCGAUCUGGUGCCAGAAUAGAAGGAAAAUUAGUCCAGACGGUUCGGGACUCCUCGAACUCAACCGAAAUACCGAAAGAAGAUCCAGGAAGCGCCAAGGUGUACUAUGCUUUUUAUUCGGGUAACGAGUCUAACGUUAUUGCGUGUGUGAUUGGAGGAGUGUCUGUGGAAAUGCUGGUCGACUCUGGUGCCGAUGCCAAUCUUAUCAGUGGAGAGAUGUGGCAGAAGAUGAAAAGCGAGCAGAUAGAGGUGUUUACAUCAAAGAAAGGCAGUUCCCGGAUCUUACGUGCCUACGGAAGUAUGACGCCUCUCGUUAUUCUCGGAUCAUUCGUUGCAAAUAUUUCAGUUGGAGAUCAACGCAUUAGGGCAGAGUUUUUCGUUGUCGAAGGAGGGCAACGGUGUCUACUGGGGGAUAAGACUGCUAAGGAAUUAGGUGUGCUGAAGGUUGGGCUCCACAUAAACAGCAUCGAAGGUAGUCCUUUCUCGAAGAUGAAGGGUGUAAACGCAAAGAUACGGAUGCUACCAGAAGUGGUUCCAGUUUACCAACCUAUGCGACGCAUUCCCGUACCACUGGAAGAAGCAGUGGACCGGAAACUCGAUGAGUUACUUAAACGUGACAUCAUUGAAGUAAAAUCAGGACCUACGACCUGGGUUUCACCACUGGUUGUGGUUGGAAAAUCAAACGGGGAACCGCGACUAUGCCUCGAUUUGCGGAGAGUGAAUGAAGCAGUGUUGAGGGAACACCAUCCAAUGCCAUCAGUGGAUGACUACUUGGCAAAGCUAGGACGUGGCAGAUUGUGGAGUAAACUUGAUAUAAAGGAGGCGUUCUUACAAAUUGAGUUAGAAGAAGAGUCCAGAGACGUGACAACCUUCAUGACACGACGAGGACUAUAUCGUUUCAAACGAUUGCCAUUUGGAUUGGUCACUGCUCCGGAGCUAUUUCAGAAAGCGAUGGACGAGACUCUGCGUGGCUGCGAUGGGGUAUUCUGGUACCUUGAUGACGUGCUCGUUGAAGGAAAAGACCUAAAGGAGCACGAUGAACGCCUGGAUCAGGUUCUUACUCGAUUGAAAAAUCGAGGUAUUGAACUCAACUGGGAGAAAUGUCAAUUGCGUGUUACAGAGUUAGACUUCUUGGGGCACAAGAUAACUGAAAAUGGAAUAAUGCCGGCGAAGAGUAAAGUUCAAGCUAUUCAAUCUUUUAGGGAACCUCAAUGCGAGACAGAAUUGCGUAGCUUUUUAGGCCUUGCAAAUUAUCUUACAAAGUUCGUACCAAUGCUAGCUACUGUAGCAGAACCGUUACGGAGGUUACUACAUAAAGAUAAGAAAUUUGAAUGGACUGCAGAGCAAGUACAGGCAUUCAACGCUAUCAAAGAUGCUAUGGGCCGAAUUGAGAAUCUGGGAUUUUAUCGAGUUGAAGAUAAGACAGCAAUAAUUACUGACGCCAGCCCACAUGGUUUAGGGGCUAUUUUGAUCCAGAUUGAUGAUGUUGGUAAUCACCGUGUGAUCAGUUUUGCCUCUAAAUCUCUGACUGACACAGAGCGGCGCUAUUGCCAAACGGAGAAGGAGGCUCUAGCCAUUGUGUGGGGUGUGGAGCGCUUCCAAUAUUAUCUCCUGGGGAAAACAUUUGAUAUCUACACGGACUGUAAAGCUCUCAGUUUCCUGUUUACCCACCGUUCGAAACCAUGUGCGCGUAUAGAAAGAUGGGUAUUGCGCCUUCAGGCCUUUGACUACAAAGUAGUAUUCACGUCGGGAAAAAAGAAUGUGGCAGAUAUCUUGUCGCGUUUGUCAGUUCAAGAGGCGAUUCCGUUUGACCAGUCGGAAGAGAUACUAGUUCGCGAGAUUGUCACACAAGCAGCUAAUACUUCUGCUUUAGUAUGGCAAGAUAUUGUAGAAGCCAGCAAGGCAGACUCAGAGAUUCAGGAAGUUCUGGAACUGUUAGAAAAAGGAGAGGAUCAAAAUCUACCGAUUAAUUAUCGUGUGAUUGCUAAUGAGCUCUGUGAAAUUCAAGGCGUCCUUGUAAGGGGCGAUCGCAUAAUUAUUCCACUUUCUCUUCGGGAUAAAGUACUCUUGACUGCCCACGCAGGUCAUCCAGGAAUCACAAUGAUGAAGAAUCAUCUCCGAUCUCAUGUUUGGUGGCCAAAGAUGGACGCACAGGUAGAGAAGUUCGUAAAAAAGUGCAAGGGAUGUACAUUGGUAGGGGCACCAGAACCUCCGGAACCACUACAACGAAGUAAAUUACCUAGUUCUCCGUGGCAUACGAUAGCACUGGAUUUUUUCGGUCCUUUACCGGAAGGGCAAUAUCUUAUGGUUGUAAUAGACUAUUAUAGUCGUUUUAUGGAGAUUUGCGAAAUGGAUAAAAUAGCUGCGCGUGACGUUAUUCGAGAGCUUUCUAUUAUGUUCAGCCGAUACGGAAUUCCCGUUGCACUUAAAGCUGAUAAUGCUCCUCAGCUCAGUAGUGAAUGUAUUGAGCUGAGAGAAUUUUGUGAAGCUAACGGUGUCAGACUUAUGAAUACAAUUCCAUAUUGGCCACAAUCAAAUGGCGAGGUUGAGCGCCAAAAUCGCUCUAUCCUUAAACGUCUCCGAAUCGCUCAAGAGCUUGGGAAGGAUUGGCGCCAAGAGCUGUACCUAUAUCUGCUGACCUAUCAUUCAUCAAAACACCCAACUACAGGAAAAUCUCCAGGUGAGAUUAUGUUCGGUCGUCGUAUCAAAAGUAAAUUGCCGACGAUUUUGUCUUUUGAAGAAGAUCCGGAAGUUAGGGAUAGAGAUGCAGUGGUUAAGGAGAAGGGGAAACAGUAUGCUGAUCGAAGACGUGGAGCAAAGGACAGUGAGUUGACAACAGGUGAUCAUGUACUGGCUAAAAGAAUGCGGAAAUCCAACAAGCUUGAUUCGGAUUUCAGUAGCGAAGAAUUUGUUAUUCGCGAAAAGAGCGGAACGGAUACCAUUAUCCAGUCAGCUGACACUGGUAAGCUGUACAGACGGAGCUCAGCUCACCUGAAGAAAAUUGCAAGUCAAUGUGAAUCAUCUGAAGAAAACGGAAAAGUUCAAGGUGACAUUGAUUCGUCAGCAACAGUUGUCGUUCCGCCCACCGAACCUUUUGAAGACCUUGGACCGAUUCAACCAUCAGCUGGUGUUGACAAACGUAUUAGACAACCACCAGCAAAACACGCCGACUAUGUGCCACACUAG